CAUAAAUGAACAAGUAAUUUUAAAAUAAACUUAAGAACCUUAAUAAGCUAAAAAAGAGCUUUUUUUUUAAAUUGAGCCAAAAUAAAAAUUAGUUUGUGAAAACUGCAUUGAAGCUGUUCGCGAUCAGAAAAAGACAAGUGUCCCAAACAAAGUGGAGUGGUUAUUUGAUGGUUUAUUUUUACAAAGAUGAGUUAUAGCGAACUAAACGAAAUUUCAAGUUUCCAAAAGAAACAGCGCAGAAGAACUCUUCCUCCUACAUUUUUUAAAUCCCACAAUUUUCUUGGAAACUUACCAGUAGAUAAAUUUGACAUAUCAAACUGUUUAAUUAUGUCUAAUUCAAAUCGUUCUGAGAAAGGAAAUUUGCAUGUCGAACAGUUAAAAGAAAGUAUAAAGUUGGAAAUUCGAAGGGAAUUAAAAAUAAAAGAGGGAGCAGAAAAUCUUAGAAAAGUAUCAACAGAUAAAAAAACUUUAGCACAAUGCCAGCAAGCAAUAAAAAUGUCUUCUCAAAAGUUGUCUGAAUUACACGAACACUUACAAGAUUUAAAUGCUCAAAUUUCAGAAGAUGUUAUAUAUGAUAUUUUUAUAGAUGAUCCAACUAUUGAUUAUCAAAUUGAAUAUAAAGAUGAAUUUACUACGGAUAGCAGAAUGGCUUCUUUGGAAAAACAGCUUGAUAUUGAAAUUAAAGUAAAAGAAGGUGCCGAGAAUAUGUUAGGAAUGUUGAUUACUGGUGAAAAGAGCAAAAAACUUUUAGCAGAUGCAGAGCAAAUGCUCGAAGACUCAAAAAUUAAAAUAGAUGCUAUUAAAAUGAAUAUUUUAAGAGAAAAACAAUACCUUGAUACAAAAAAAAAAGAGACUGUUAAUUUAGAUUCAUCUGAUUCAAAUGUUCGAAUACAUGGAAAGGACUUGGAGCAGCGAGUUGAUGAUAUUAGACAUCAUAUAGACAUUGAAACAAGGGUUGCAGAGGGAGCAAGAAAUAUGUUGAAACAUUUUUUAUUAGCUCAAGAAAAGAAAGGAAUCCACGAGACAGAAAAGACGCUGGUUGAGGCUACUAAUAAACUUGAUCUUCUUCAUAUGUCUCUUGAGAGAAGAAUGGCUGAAAUUGAUCCAGCUGCAGCACAGGUUGGAAUUUUCAAUGAAAAGCUUUUACCUUUUUCAUCUAGUAAGAGGUCUAAAAUUGCUGGUUUAACAGGAACAUUAGAGGUAACAGUUUUAGGAGCUGAAGGGCUGUUAGAAUUAGUGCCUAAUCGCGAUCCUCGCAAAAUAAGCAGUACAGUUGCUAGUCCUGAUGCUAAAUUUCGAUUGAGCAAGCGAGUGAGCAGUAGUGUGUACCAUUCUAGUAAGCAAGUCUUAGAAGAUAGUUCUGUUGUAAAUACUUCAGGUGAAAUUAGUGCAGUCCUAAAAUUAGACAAUGUUGGAGUUGGUCAGUCAAAAUGGAAACCUAUAGCUGUACAUUGUUGGAAUGAGACCUUCAAUAUCCCAUUAGAAAAGUCUAGAGAACUGGAAAUUGGCAUUUAUUAUAGAGAUUAUCGAUCAUUAUGUGGUAUUACAUUUUUAAAGUUAGUUGAAUUCUUAGAUAAUCAAAGACAUGAGUUAUGCCUUAGCCUUGAACCUAUUGGCACAUUGAGAUGUGUGGUAACUUUUUUUAACCCUAUGGUGAAUCGAAGGUCAAAGUUGCAAAGACAAAAACAAUUGUUUCCUAAAGCUAAAGGUAAACAUUUUCUGCGAGCUGGAGAAAUGAAUACCAAUAUUGCAACAUGGGCAAGAUUAUUGAAAAUAGCAGUUCCUCCUGCAACAUCUUCUUAUAGUCCUAACGCCCAUAAUACUACUGUCACAAUAACUAAUAAUAAUUUGAGUACUUCUGAACCUACUUUAAUAACAUCUUCUUCUCCAAAUCAGUCCAAUAAUCUUUUAUAUCGUGAGGUUAAUCAACUUGAAAUAAACGAUGCUUUAAAAUACAGUUCUGAUGAUAAUCUAAGUAAAAGUCAAAAUGCAAUUCAAAAAGUAGAGAAUUUAAAAGAAGAAAUUAAACCUCCUCCACCUGUUCAAGGUUACACUACACCUACAUUUGAACAGAGACCAGAACAAAAUUCUAAUGACAUUCGAAUAUCUAUUGUUCCUCCAAAUGGUCAGUUAUCACCAAGACUUGAUUCAAGAAGAACUUCAGGAAGAAAAUCAGCUGGUCGUUCACCUCCAAUACAACGUAAAAACAAACACUCUGGGCUGUCUAUGGAAAACUUUCGAUGCAUUAGUGUCCUUGGUCGUGGUCAUUUUGGAAAAGUCUUACUAGCUGAAUAUAAAACAACAAAAGAGUUAUUUGCUAUAAAGGCUUUGAAGAAAGGUGAUAUUAUAUCAAGAGAUGAAGUUGAUAGUUUGAUGUCAGAAAAAAGAAUCUUUGAGACUGCCAACAGUGUUCGUCAUCCGUUUCUUGUAAAUUUGUUUUCAUGUUUUCAAACAAAGGAUCAUGUUUGUUUUGUUAUGGAAUAUGCUCCUGGAGGAGAUUUAAUGAUGCAUAUACACGAAGAAGUAUUCAGUGAACCACGAACAAUUUUUUAUUCUGGAUGUGUUAUUCUUGGAUUACAGUAUUUGCAUGAACAUGACAUUGUUUAUAGAGAUUUAAAAUUAGAUAAUUUAUUACUUGAUGCUGAAGGAUAUGUUAAAAUAGCUGAUUUUGGUCUUUGUAAAGAAGGCAUGGGUUUUGGUCAGAAGACUGGUACUUUUUGCGGCACACCAGAGUUUUUAGCUCCUGAAGUACUAACAGAAACAUCAUAUACUCGAGCAGUAGAUUGGUGGGGACUAGGUGUAUUGAUAUUUGAAAUGUUAGUAGGAGAGAGUCCAUUUCCAGGUGAUGAUGAAGAAGAAGUUUUUGAUAGUAUUGUUAAUGAUGAAGUUAGAUACCCUAGAUUCUUAUCAAAUGAUUCUAUUGCUUUAAUGAGAAGGUUAUUACGUAAAAAUCCCGAAAGAAGAUUAGGUUCAAGUAUAAAAGAUGCAGAAGAUAUUAAAAAGCAACCAUUUUACAAGGAUAUGAAGUGGGACAGUUUAAUACAAAGAAAACUAAAAACGCCAUUUAUUCCUACAGUGAAACAUCCUGAGGACGUUAGUAACUUUGAUUCGGAGUUUACAUCUGAAGAUCCUGUUCUCACACCAGCAAAAGAAAAGCGUGGCCUGUCUCAAGGGGAACAGGCCCUCUUUAGCGGAUUCGAAUAUACAGCUGAUUGGUGUUAAUAAUGCACGAAAAUAGUAUUAAAAAUCCCCAUAUAGAACUCAAUGGAGUUGCUACAGUUGGAAAAAGUUGCCAUCUAUCAUCCAUAAUGUAGAUGUUAAUUCAACGCGACAUACGUUCACACCUAAAUUAAUUCAUUUUGUACAGCCAAAGUUUGUAGGUAAAAAGUUUAAAAAAAAACGGACAAGAAAAUUAUGUUUGGCAAAACGGCACACACAAGAAAUUAUGAUAAAUAUGGUUGUAAAAUCUAUUUUUAACAAAAAUAAAAAACGCAAAGUAAAUCAAAUUUAACAGAUAUCAAAAAAAUAAACUGUGUAAAUCACCUCUUAUAAAUAAAGAUUCUGUUUUAAAGUAAUAUUUGUUAUUGAGAGAUUUCAUAAAAUGUAGCUAAGAAUUUUUUUAAUUUUUUAAUGUGUUAAUUCAAUCUUUAACAUGAAGUUGUACUCUUCCUGUUGCUUUUAAAAUUCAUUAGCGCGAAUUUUUUUGUCUAACUUAUUUUGUAUGCUAUAAUAGGCGCGUCGUCAUGUUAGUCAUUUUUGACUCUGUUUAUGUUAUUGUAUAUUAUUACUAUCAAUCCAGAAAUAUAUAAUUUGUAUCAUAA